AUGGGUCCCUGGCCCGGCUCGCCGCUCGCCGCCCUCCUGCUGCUCCUCUUCCGCGCUGGAAACGUGCACUGCGACACUCCUGCCAACUGCACCUACCCGGACCUGCUGGGCACCUGGGUCUUCCACGUGGGCCGCAGCGGUUCUCAGCGCGAGGUCAACUGCUCGGUUAUGGGACUACCAGAAAAAAAAGUAGUGGUGCACCUUAAGAAGUUGGAUACGGCAUAUGAUAACUUGGGCAAUUCUGGCCAUUUCACCAUCAUUUACAAUCAAGGCUUUGAGAUUGUGUUGAAUGACUACAAGUGGUUUGCCUUUUUUAAGUAUAAAGAAGAGGGUGGCAAGGUAACUAGUUACUGCCACGAAACCAUGACUGGCUGGGUGCAUGAUGUUCUGGGCAGGAACUGGGCUUGUUUCACAGGAAAGAAGGAGGGAAAUACCUCUGAGAAUGUGAACGUGAACACAGCACACCUUGAGAAUCUCCAGGAAAAGUAUUCUAAUAGGCUCUACAAAUAUAACCACAACUUUGUGAAAGCUAUCAAUGCCAUUCAGAAGUCUUGGACUGCGACCGCAUACAUGGAAUAUGAGACUCUUACACUGAAAGAGAUGAUUAGGAGAGGUGGUGGCCACAGCCGGAGAAUUCCAAGGCCCAAACCUGCACCAAUAACUGCUGAAAUACAGAAAAAGAUUUUGCAUUUGCCAACAUCCUGGGACUGGAGAAAUGUUCAUGGUACCAAUUUUGUUACUCCUGUUCGAAACCAAGGGUCUUGUGGAAGCUGCUACUCAUUUGCUUCUAUAGGGAUGAUGGAAGCAAGAAUCCGUAUACUAACCAACAAUACCCAGACCCCAAUCUUGAGUCCUCAGGAGGCUGUGUCUUGCAGCCAGUAUGCUCAAGGCUGUGAAGGUGGCUUCCCAUAUCUUAUCGCGGGAAAGUAUGCCCAAGAUUUUGGGCUGGUGGAAGAGGCCUGCUUCCCCUACACAGGCACAGAUUCUCCAUGCAAACUCAAAGAGGACUGCUUCCAUUACUACUCCUCUGACUACCACUAUGUGGGAGGUUUCUAUGGGGGCUGCAAUGAAGCCCUGAUGAGGCUUGAGCUGGUCCAUCAUGGGCCCAUGGCAGCUGCCUUUGAAGUCUAUGAUGACUUCUUCCACUACCACAAGGGGAUCUACCACCACACUGGUCUGAGAGACCCUUUCAACCCCUUUGAGCUGACCAAUCAUGCUAUCCUGCUGGUGGGCUAUGGCACUGACUUGGCCUCUGGACUGGAUUACUGGAUUGUUAAAAAUAGCUGGGGCCCUGGCUGGGGUGAGGAUGGUUACUUCCGGAUCCGCAGAGGAACCGAUGAGUGUUCAAUUGAAAGCAUAGCACUGGCGGCCACACCAAUUCCUAAAUUGUAG